AUGGGGGAGCUGCGGGAGGGGGAGCGGGGCUCUUGGCCCGGGGUGUCGCCGGCGCUGGCAAGCUUCGCGGGGGGCUGCACGCUGCACGGGCUGAGCCACGUCUUGGUGGCGGGGCCGUGGAGCGCGCGGCGGCUGGUGUGGCUGGCGGCGCUGCUGGGCGCGGUGGGCAUCUUCCUGUACCAGGUGGGCGAGCGGGUGCAGUUCUACCGGGAGUACCACCAUGUCACCAUGCUGGACGAGGCCGAGGGCCGCCUGCUGGUCUUCCCCGCCGUGACCCUCUGCAACUACAACCGCUUCCGCCGCUCGCGCCUCACCCGCAGCGACCUGCACUGGCUGGGCCCCGAGCUGCUGGGCGUCCAGCCCGCCGACUACCCCGCCUACCUGCGCGCCCUCGGGCCCCCGCCCCAGCCCCAGCCGCCCCCCGACGCCUUCUUCCCCAGCCGCACCUUCAGCAUGCUCGAGUUCGUCCGCCGCGCCGGCCACGACCUGCAAGACAUGCUGCUGGACUGCCGCUUCCGCAGCCGCCCGUGCGGCCCCGACAACUUCACCACCACCUUCACCCGCUUGGGCAAGUGCUACACCUUCAACUCGGGGGCUCCCGGGCAGGAGCUGCUGACGACCAUCAAGGGCGGGACGGGCAACGGCCUGGAGCUCAUGCUCAGCAUCCAGCAGGACGAGUACCUGCCCGUCUGGGGGGAGACAGAGGAGACCUCCUACGAGGCGGGCGUGAAGGUCCAGAUCCACAGCCAGGGGGAGCCGCCCUCCGUCGACCAGCUGGGCUUCGGCGUGGCCCCCGGCUUCCAGACCUUCGUCUCCUGCCAGCAGCAGCGGCUGUUCUACCUCCCACCGCCGUGGGGCGACUGCAAGUCCGGCCCCGCCGAGUCCGCCUUCUUCCCGCGCUACAGCCUGGCCGCCUGCCGCAUCGACUGCGAGACACGCUACCUGGCCGAGGCGUGCAACUGCCGCAUGCUGCACAUGCCAGGGAAUGCCAACAUCUGCACCCCAGAACAGUACAAGGGAUGUGCUGAGCCUGCGCUGGACCUCCUGGUGGAGAAAGAGGAGGCCUACUGUCGGUGCCACACGCCCUGCGAGACCGUGCGCUUCAACAAGGAGCUCUCGGUGGUCCAGAUCCCCAGCAAGGCCUCCGCCAAGUACCUGGCCAAGAAGUACAACCGGAGCGAGCAGUACAUCAAGGAGAACCUGCUGGUGCUGGACAUCUUCUUCGAGGCGCUCAGCUACGAGACCAUCGAGCAGAAGAAGGCCUACGAGGUGGCUGGCCUGCUAGGGGACAUCGGGGGCCAGAUGGGGCUCUUCAUCGGGGCCAGCCUCCUCACCAUCCUUGAGAUCUUCGACUACUUGUUCGAGGUUCUGCGGGAGAAGCUGCGGGGCUUCUACCGGAGCAGGAAGCAGGCCGGAGUCCCGGAGCCCGACAGCCUGGUAAGCCCCGUCUGGUAA